AAUUGUUUAUUAAACUAAAAUUUAAAUAUUUUCAGAAAUAACUAAAUUUAUUUACCAGCCAUUUUUUUAAGUUUUAGAAAUUUUAAAAUAAAAAAAUUCACCGAACUACCUAGUAUGGCGACUGCUACUUCUGCUAACCACAUUUUGUGUCUUAUCAAACUAUGCAGACUAUGUGGAAAUUAUAUUGGAACUGACUCAUUUAAUGUAAUAAAUAUAAUAGCAAGAGUUGACCAAGCAUUUUUUACCGAGGUAGGAGAAGACAGAACGGAGAUCCACCCACCAAAAAUUUGCAUGAAAUGUUAUACAAUAAUGAGACAUAUUAAACAGCGAGAAACGACCUCUUUUAAUUUCAUUUUAACUAGCUGGCCGCAUACGUGCUCACUUGAAAGCUGUAUAUGUUUUUUAAAGAAAUCUGGCAGAAAGUAAAAGAAACCAUUUGGAAGACCACCAUCAGUUAAUAAAGAUGUUUGGAAAAGGAAAUCAAUUAAUGAAAUAUUAGACAGUUUUUCUGAAAUGCCUCGCUUAUGCUAUGAGUCUAUCAGUAUAGUUAAUAACCCCCACAAAGAUUUAUGCAUCUGCAAGAUUUGUAAAAGAAUAUUUCAUCGACCUGUUUUACUUAAUAACUGCCAACAUUUAUUUUGUGCUUCAUGUAUUUUUCCAAAUUUAGUUGGAAAAUUAGAGACAGAAGCAAAAUGCAAGUUAUGUGGCUCUAAUAUAUCUUUAGGUAGCAUUUCAAAAGCAACAACUAUGCAAAAUAUCCUUGAAAAUAUAGUUCUAAAGUGUUCCGAAAAUUCAUGCAAAAGUAUAAGCAAUAAGGAAGAACAUGAACAAGUAUGGAAAAGUGGAAACAUAUUACCCUAAUGUUCAGCAUCGUCUUCCUCUUCAUUGACAGUAACAGAUAUUUACAAAAUUAAUACAAAUAGUGAUAUUCCUAAAGAACUAGAAUAUGCAUUUGCUCACUUUGCAAAGCUAAAAAUGGCAAAAAACAAUUCACAUUCAUUUGAACUUCCUUCUGGCGGUCCAAGGGCUACACAGUUUUCAGUGACUACAAAGAGCUUUAAAACAUCAACUGAGAUUAGUCAGAAAACCAUUUAUAGACGUCAAAAGCAACUCCACCAAUCGCUAAUAAAUAAUGCAGGACCAACAAAAAAGGCAAAAAUACAACAAGUAGCACUUAUGCUCAAUUCUUUUAAUAAAAACGAUAAAAUUGAUAUUCUAAAAAAAUCAAAUCUCUCCCAAGUUGAGAUAGGACCAGAAGAUAUUGUAUCACUUAAAGCAGACUGUGGUUUACCUUGGGAAAAGAUGAAAAAAAUGAUAAUAUUUUUCCAGACAAAAAAUGUCAAAUUACCCUCACUUUCUAAUCAACGAAAAGUUGCAAAAUAUUGGUCAGGUAACGAUUUAAUUGUUGAAGAUAAAGAACUGCUGUUUGAAUUAAAAAACAAAAAAGGAACUUUUGAAUUGAAAGAUACACCUACAAUAUAUAUUAAUGAUUUGCCAUCACAUUUAAUCAAGGUACUGGAUCAGUUAGAAAGAUAUAACCAACUAACAUUUGAAAAGAUAACUCCUAGUGAAAUACAUAUAAAGAUUGGUGGUGACCAUGGAGGUGGUUCAUUUAAAAUGAGCUAUCAGGUAGCUAAUGUUGCUACACCCAAUUCAAAAAAUAAUACGACUGUUUUCAAUAUAUUUGAGGCCAAAGAUUAUAGAGCAAACCUCAAAAUUUCACACUCAAGACACAGAUGAAAUUAGACAGCUUCAAGCAAUGAAAUGGAGGGAAAAAUGUUUGCGUGUAUUUAUAUUUGGUGAUUAUGUAUUUUUGUGUGCUAUUUAUGGCAUCACAGGAGCAACUGGUCGUCAUUGCUGCUUAUUCUUUGAAAUCACAUCAAGUGAAAUGCAAUUGAACAUGGAAGCUAGAACGCGACCGAUUCUUUUGAGAACGCUUGCAACUUUAAAAUCAGAUUAUGAACGAUUCAAAAAUGAUGGAGGGAAUAUCAAACGUGCAAAGAAUUUCAAUAAUGUAAUUGAUGAGCCAUUAUUUGAUAUACCAAUUGAAUAGAUAGCAAUACCAGCUCUACACAUCUCAUUGGGAAUAUUUCUAAAAUUCUUCAAAAUGUUAGAGGUAGAAUGUCAUCUCGUUGAUAUCAAACUAGCUGGAUUUCUAGCAAUAAAUGAAAAACACCUUGAAUCAAGUGAAUUUGACAAAUAUGUUGAGAAGCAGGCAGAGAUACAUCAAUUAGAAUAUGACGUUGAUGAUAUAAAUACAAAAAUUCUUCUUAUUCAAGAUACAAUAGUCGUUGAAGUAUUUCGCAGCCCUAAAAAUACAGAAUACUUGCAGUUAAUGUACUCUGAGAGAAUUGCAUUGUUAAAAUCGAAGAGAAUAGAAAAGGAAGGAAAAAUUGCGGAAUGCUCAAAAUUUAAGCUAAUAGAAGGAAUGGGGCCAAUAUUAAAGGAAAUUGAAUCUGUUUUGCAGUCAUGUGGAGUACAACGUAGAAAAACAGCUGUAUGCGAACUAAUGAAGUUUUUUAGAAGCACUUGGCCUAAUGAGUCAAUAACUCCAAAAAUGCACUUGUUGGAAAAUCAUAUUGGAGUUUUUUUGAGCACAUGGGGAGUUGGCCUUGGGCUAUAUGGGGAGCAAGGUGGCGAGAGUAUUCAUGCCGAGUUUAAUAAUAUUGGAAGAAUAUACUCAACCAUGUCUGGUACGAGAAAACUAGAAUGUAUCAUGAGAGAUCAUUUUAUAAGAAAUAAUUUAAUUGCGAGUUCGUUAAAACCGCUAAUUGUCCCUCGAAGAAAAAAAAUUAUAUAAUAAAAUUUAUAGUUUAUAUAUAAUAAAGUAUUUAUGCAAAUUAUUAUUAUGCAAUAAUUAUGUAAUUAUCAAAUUUAUUGUUUAAUUUAUUUAUAUAUUUAUUAUGUUUAUAUAAGGUUCUUAAAGAUUUCGAAAUAGGUCGGCCCUAUUAUUUUACGAUUAGUAGAAAAUUAGCGAAAUAUUAGCCAACUUUCAA